AUGUCGUCCCCGCGCACUUUGACUCAAGGCAAAUCCAGCGCACCUUCCCGCAAAGCGCCCAAAGCCAAACCUUCACCACAGGAAAUCGAGGCUAUCAGAGCAGCUAGGGCAGAGAAGAAAGCCAGGAUAGCUGCUGAUCCAAUCUUGUCGGGCAAGCAAAAAUUCGCACCUAGACAAUGGCUGCCAGUCGUAUCGGACGCUCAGCGCGAGCUUGGCAAGAGGAGCUCUGUUCGGAUACUCUCCUGGAACAUUCUCGCUCAAGGACUUGUGCGGAGGAAGCUGUUUCCCGGCAGCGACUGCUUGAAGUGGCCAGAACGGAUGCCAAUACUAGACGCGGAGCUCGAUCCAGACAGUCAUGCGUGGGAUGUCGCGUGCUUUCAGGAGGUGGACAGAAUGGAGCAUCACUCGGAGACGUUCAGCCGAGCCGGCUUCUCUUGGUCUUACGAGAAGGGCUACGAGUCGAAGCAACAUGGGCUGCUGAUUGCUUGGCGGUCUAGACUACCCGACCAUUCUGCUGGUGAAGGGCAGCCGGAGCCUUCUUCAACGGCGGAGACCAAGUCAAGGACGACCUUCGAAAGCGCUCCGAUCGCCAAGAGGAUUGUCUAUUACGACCAAGUGGAAGCUUGUAAAUACUUUCACGGCGCUUCAAGCGAUACGUCACCAACCACGAGUACCUCUGGCUCACGGUCUACUCGCAACAUCGCACAGAUCGUGGCUCUGCGCUUGGCCACAGAUGCAAGUGGCGCCAGAGUAACUGGCGAGCCCACAUCUGGCUUGAUUGUGGCCACGACGCACCUCUUCUGGCAUCCUUCACAUGCGUACGAACGUGUCAGACAGGCAGGUAUAUUGCUGCAGGAAGCGUACGCGUUUCGACGAGAACACAAAGAGAUUGCAAAGUGGGACAUUGUGAUUGCUGGUGAUUUCAAUGACCAGCCGCAUAGCGCCACAUACCAUUUAAUGUCCGGACUGCCACCUUCCCGUGAAGCAAUAGAGGAAGUCCAAAGGAGUACGGUGGUGCACAGCUCCAUUGAUGAAGCAAAACGUCGAGACGCAGAAGCGCACGCGAUAGCUCAAGGGAUCGAGCACGUCGAGCACGCCGGCGCUCGGACUGGGAGCGGCGAGAUGGAUACCGAAAGUGGGCAAGAGGAGGCUGAAGGAGACGAGGCCAGCGAGGAUGGCGGCGAGAACGACGAUGAGCAAGAGGAUAUUGCGGGUCCGGAGGACGCUUCUACGACUAUGCUCAAGGGGUGCAGAGCGGCCAGGCAGGAAGAUGGCUUGCUUACCCUCGAAGCGCUCGCUAGCCUGUUUGCGUCUCCUGGGCACGAAGCUGCCGGAUCGAGCACAGUUCGCAGCGCAUAUGGGCAUGCAUUCAACCGCUUAAAGUCGCUCGAUGGAUCAGAGGCGAUGGUUGAAAAUUACUUUUCCUCUGUCAGCAGAGGUCGCGAACGCUUCGACGACGAGACGUGGUACGAGGGAAAGCGGAAUGAACACGCUUCCUUGCCCGCCGGUCAUCCAGGUCGCGACGAGCCAAUGUGGACGCUGUACAGCAGCAUCUUUAGCCUGACCCUAGACUACAUCUGGCUCCUGCCUAAUCCUCUACGCUCACAGAGCACGGAAGAGAGGAAGGAGGCGGAUAGGCAAGAUGCAUACCCGCACAUCACUGCGCUGCUCGCGAUGCUCAGGACGAAGGAUCUAGCACCCGGCAUCCCGCGCAAAGGCGUCUGCGCCAGCGAUCAUGUAGCUAUAGGUGCCGAGAUAGAGUUGAGAUAG